AGCACACAAGCUUAGGUACCAAAUCUGUGACAGCACAUCAGCCAUACGCCAAAAAUGGCAGCCACAUUCGCAACCCCAUCAACCGUCGUCGGCCUCGGCGGCUCCGUCACCUCGCUGUCAUCCCCAUCAAGGAAACCCCCCCUCUCUUCAGGGUUUUUGAGAUCCGGGGUGACUGCUAGGAACCCUUUGAGGCUAGCUGGUGCUUCAGGGGGCAGGUUUACAUGCUUCGAGAGGGACUGGCUACGUAGGGACUUCAACGUGAUAGGAUUUGGGCUGAUUGGGUGGCUAGCUCCAUCCAGCAUACCGGCGAUCGAUGGGAAGAGCUUGACUGGCCUUUUCUUUGAUAGCAUUGGAACUGAGCUCGCUCACUUCCCCACACCUCCGGCUCUUACUUCCCAGUUCUGGUUGUGGUUGGUAUUAUGGCACCUUGGACUCUUCAUCACUCUUACUUUUGGGCAAAUCGGGUUUAAAGGAAGGAACGAGGAUUACUUUAAAUACUAGUCUUCAUUUGUAAUUUUCUUUUUAAAUACUAGUCAUAUUUUGUGUUUUUCUACUUCUCUUUGUUUAAAACUAUUGUUCUCUUUACCUUCCUUGGAUUAUGUAAAAUAUUAUCUCAACGGUAAUCUGGAUUAUUAGUCUUUUUUUCGGUUGAA